UAAUACAAUGGUAAUGAUGGUAAAUAGGAAGCUUUUUAUACAUGCGCCCCACACAAGAUAAAUACACAUUUCUAAAUACUUACAUUGCAUUUUGUGUUCUGUUUAGAAAUGAGACAGAUUCAAAGGGACUUCCAGAGAGAAAGACAGUGGAUGAGAAAAACUCAGCAUUGCCUCCCGAAAAGAAGCAAGGGGAUAAAAAGAAGGACCAUGCUGAGAAAGACUCAGAGGUUCAGCCCAAGAAAAAGGCUGGGGAUGAGAAGGACUCAGCAGUUCAUGAUAAGAAAAAGCCCGGGGAUGAGAAAAAGCUCCGUACUGAGAAGGACUCAGCGGUGCAUGAUACGAAAAAGCCCGGGGAUGAGAAAAAGCUCCAUACUGAGAAGGACUCAGCUGAGCAUGAUAAGAAAAAGAAUGGGGAAGAGAAAAAGCUCCAUACUGAGAAGGACUCAGCGGUGCAUGAUAAGAAAAAGCCCGGGGAUGAGAAAAAGCUCCGUACUGAGAAGGACUCAGCGGAGCCUGAUAAGAAAAAGACCGGGGAUGAGAAAAAGCUCCGUACUGAGAAGGACUCAGCGGAGCCUGAUAAGAAAAAGACCGGGGAUGAGAAAAAGCUCCGUACUGAGAAGGACUCAGUGGAGCCUGAUAAGAAAAAGACCGGGGAUGAGAAAAAGCUCCGUACUGAGAAGGACUCAGCGGAGCAUGAUAAGAAAAAGACCGGGGAUGAGAAAAAGCUCCGUACUGAGAAGGACUCAGCGGAGCAUGAUAAGAAAAAGACCGGGGAUGAGAAAAAGCUCCGUACUGAGAAGGACUCAGCGGAGCAUGAUAAGAAAAAGCCCGGGGAUGAGAAAAAGCUCCGUACUGAGAAGGACUCAGCGGUGCAUGAUAAGAAAAAGCCCGGGGAUGAGAAAAAGCUCCGUACUGAGAAGGACUCAGCGGUGCAUGAUAAGAAAAAGACCGGGGAUGAGAAAAAGCUCCGUACUGAGAAGGACUCAGCGGUGCAUGAUAAGAAAAAGACCGGGGAUGAGAAAAAGCUCCGUACUGAGAAGGACUCAGCGGAGCAUGAUAAGAAAAAGACCAGGGAUGAGAAAAAGCUCCGUACUGAGAAGGACUCAGCGGAGCAUGAUAAGAAAAAGACCGGGGAUGAGAAAAAGCUCCGUACUGAGAAGGACUCAGCGGUGCAUGAGCACCAUACAGAGAGAAAGACUGCAGAUCAUAAGAAGUGAGUUUACUUUUCUUCAUGCUAUUUUAUUUUGAAUGGGUGUAGUUGCCCUUUAAGGACUAGUUAAAAGGAAAAUGGCAAUGUUUUCUGAGGGGCGCAGUGUGAGUGUGUAGCAUAUGUGCAUACACCAGAAGUGAUAAGUGUAUUUAUGGCAUAUUGCCUCCACUUGUUGCUUGAUUAUGGAUCCAUAUGUUUAGGUGCCACACAACUAUACCUCAGUUACCAUAGAUCAGUAGUAUGUAGGAUUAGUUUUGAUAAUAUGUUCAUUUUAUUUGUAGGGACCGAAAAGCAAAGAAGGUGGAGACUUCCAAAGUGAAGGGAAAAAAGAAGAUAAGCAAACGUCCAGCUAAGUCUAAGCCAACUAAAAAGGAAAGUGACACAAAGAAGGCAACACCUUCAGCUAAGACUACGGCCCCUAAGAGCAAGAAGAGUAUAAGUGCGCCAAAGAAGGCAGUAAAAGCCGUCAAAAAGCCGACAACAACAGCAAAACGGCCGACAACAACAGCAAAACGGCCGACAACAACAGCAAAA